UACACGAAGCAGACGAACAUCAAAACGGACAUCGUGGCCAAACAUCGUGACACUAACGAUUGGGCGCCUCAACAUAAUAUUGUGGCGCUCUGGGCGUGUGGAAGCGAGAGCGCUUAACUGUAACCGGCAAGGCGAAGACACAGUGCAGUGUGUGCGGAAGCGAGCAGGCAAUAAACAACAACGUGAACAAGUGGUAGUGAACCAGCAGUGGCAACAGCAACAAAAACCAACAACAACACGACCAUAUACUAUUGCCCGUUGGAGCCGAGAGUCGUUUGCGUGGCAGUUUUUUGUUGUUGUUGUUGUUGUUGUUGCUGUUGUUAGUGCCAGUGUUAGUGUUGUAGCUGUUGUCGCUACCGCUGGCAGUGUUUUGUUGUACUGCUACGGCUCUGGUGUAUGUCUGCGCGCUGUUGUUGUUGCUCGGCUCUGUUUUGCCAGUAGGCCGCCUUGGCAUUCACAUAGUGAUUGCGGUGAAACGUAGCAACACAUUCAUUCAGUCAGUCAGUUAGUCAGUCAGUCACUCACUCACAGGUGAGGCAGCAGAGAAACUAAAAGCCAGAGGUAGGCAGGCAGCAGAGGCGGCUGGACCAAAGGCACACUAGAUGCAAAAAAAAAAUCCAAAUAAAGAAUAUACCGUUUGACAAGAAUAACAAAUAUAAUAACAAGUGGAAGCGAAAGUAAUAUACACAACUGAAAUACAUACGUCGACGUCAGCAAAUUGUAACACAAAUUCCAAUCCUAGCAACACGCCUGAAAGGAAGUAACAAACAUUAAUUAUGGCCAUCAAACCAGGUCUGGGACGCAAGACGAGCAACAAGAAUCCACCGAUAUUCAGCCAUGAGUUCGUCAUACAAAACCACGCGGACAUCAUCUCCUGUGUGGCAAUGGUGUUUGUGGUUGGGCUAAUGAACGAAUCGACGGCAUCGUUUGCCAGUGCCUUCAUAUCGCUGCAUCACAACGUGAGCGGCGAGGAGCCGACCAGGGAACAGCCUUAUGGCAAGCCGUAUACAUAUGUGGCCGGCAUCAAGGACUACUGUGCUAUAUUCUUCUACACGCUCACUUGCAUCAUCAUGCACGCCAUCAUCCAGGAGUUUGUGCUGGACAAGAUUAGCAAGAAGCUGCAUCUGUCCAAAUUCAAGUUGGCUCGCUUCAACGAAUCCGGCCAACUGGUCGCAUUCUAUCUGCUCUCAUUCAUUUGGGGCACGCAUGUGGCGCUGCGCGAAGGCUACCUCGGCCAGGUGGCUCUGCUCUGGGAGGGCUAUCCAGCGCAUCCGAUGAGCUUUCUGCACAAGUUCUACUUCAUCAUUCAGCUGUCGUACUAUCUGCAUAUGCUGCCCGAGCUCUACUUCCAGAAGGUGCGCGCCAAGGAGGAGCAACAGCCCAAGAUCAUACAUUCCAUUAGCGGCUUCACACUCAUCGUGCUGGCCUACACGCUCAGCUUCCAGCGCUUGGCUCUCGUUUUGCUCACGCUCCACUACUUCAGCGAGCUGCUCGCCCACAUCUUCCAGCUGAUCGGUGUCUUCGAUCGCGAGGAGCGUCUGGCCCGUGUGGGCAUCGUGAACAACGUGUGCUUCGUCCUGGUGCGUUUCGCCACCUCCGUGAUUGGCGUGCUCACACUCUACUAUGGCAUUUGCGUGUCCGGCGGCAGCUAUAAUCUCCGUGCGGUCAUUGCACUGAUCGGCCUGAUCGCCGUGCAGGGCUAUCUGGUGUUCUCAUUCAUCACCGAGCAGCUGCGCGCCAAGCGUGAGGCGAAGCGUGAGGCCAAGCUGCUGGCGGCACAGACCAAGAAGGCGAAGGCCCCCAACAAGGACAAAUCGAAGCGCAAGAAGGAGAGCGAUCUGCCCGAGGCGGAUCAGGUGUCGUCCAGUCCGGCCAAGCAGAAGCUCAAAUGAAGCAGCUCAGCUGCAACUGCAGCAA